GCUGGGCACACUUCAGCACCAUUAGUGGAAGAGAAGCCCUGCAAAGGACAACACACACAGCUGGAGGGAGAACACAGAGGGGAACAUUGCUGACAGACAAGCAACGAUGGACCUGACUUCAAUUCUCUCCCUGGAAACCUGGGUCCUCCUGGUAAUCAGCCUGGUGCUCCUAUACCGAUACGGGACCCGUAACCAUGAUGUUUUUAAGAAACAGGGAAUUCCUGGUCCCAAACCUCUGCCAUUUUUAGGAACUCUGCUGAAUUAUUAUGAGGGUAUAUGGAAAUUUGAUGCUAAGUGCUAUAAAAAGUAUGGAAAACUGUGGGGGUUGCAUGAUGGUCAAACACCUGUGUUAGCUAUCACGGACACAGAGAUGAUCAAGAAUGUACUAGUGAAGGACUGCUACUCUGUGUUCACAAACCGACGGAGCUUUGGCCCAGAGGGGAUAAUGAGUAAAGCCGUCUCAUCAGCUAAGGAUGAGGAGUGGAAGAGACUUCGAGCCUUGCUGUCUCCCACCUUCACCAGUGGAAAACUCAAAGAGAUGUUCCCCAUCAUUGAACAGUACGGAGAUAUUUUGGUAAAAUACUUGAGAAGAGAGGCAGAGAAAGGAAAGCCUCUCACCAUGAAAGAAGUGUUAGGAGCCUACAGCUUGGAUGUGAUCACGAGCACAGCAUUUGGUGUGAACGUCGAUUCCCUCAACAACCCAAAUGAUCCUUUUAUGGAAAAGACCAAGAAGCUAUUAAAAUUAGAUUUUUUUAGUCCAUUAUUUAUGUCAAUAGUACUCUUUCCAUUUCUUACACCAAUAUAUGAGAUGUUAAAUGUCUCCAGAUACCCAAAGGAUUCGAUAGCAUUCUUCAAAAAAUUUGUGGAUAGAAUGAAGGAAAGCCGGCUGAACUCUGAUGAGAAGCACAGAGUGGAUUUUCUUCAGCUGAUGAUGAACACUCAAAAUAAUUCCAAAGACAAAGAAUCUCAUAAAGGUAACCAAGGACUCCCUGGUCUAUGGACGAGGAAGUUCUCAGUGAGUGGUCAUCGCUCAGAAAAUGAGUGGGAAGGUUUUCUUUUUUUAUUAUAUUUUAAUUACUUAGUAUUCUCACUGAAUCUGGAGAUCAUCAAAUUAACAAACCUUUUUCUUUCUUCCCAGGCACCUCCCAGCUAUGAUAAAGUGAUGGAGAUGGAGUACCUAGACAUGGUGCUGAGUGAAUCCCUCAGAUUAUACUCAAUUUCUGACAGACUUGAGAGAAUCUGUAAACAAGAUAUGGAAAUGGGUGGUGUGUUUAUUCCCAAGGGGUCAGUAGUGAUGAUACCAAUUUUUUCUCUUCACCGUGACCCACAGUACUGGUCAGAGCCUGAAGAAUUCCUCCCUGAAAGGUUCAGCAAGGAGAACAAGGGCAAGAUUAAUCCUUAUGUAUACAUGCCCUUUGGGUAUGGACCCAGGAACUGCAUUGGUAUGAGGUUUGCUCUCAUGAACAUGAAACUUGCUCUCACUAAACUCCUGCAGAAUUUCUCCUUCCAGCCUUGUAAGGAAACACAGAUUCCCUUGAAAUUUCACAGAAAACCACUUCUUAAACCAGAAAAACCCAUUGUUCUAAAGGUUGUACCACGGGAUGUGUUCAUUACUGGAGUGUGAAGUUUCCCUCAAGGACUCUGCAGUGUUCCUCUUCAGGUGGUGUCUAAGAACACUGGAAUCUUUAAUUUACUUCAUGAAUAAAACCCAGAUGAAGAUGAGCAUUAAUCAACAGGACUUGGUGCAUGGUUAAGGAUUCAGUGCAUCCAUUGAGCUUUCUCUUUGUCAAAAUAAAGGAGAAUGUCACAAAACAA